GGGAGCUAAUCCGUCGUCUGAUAACUGAGUGGCUAUUCGUAUUUUGCUUUAACGUGUGAACAUUACUAUUUUUGAUACGUAAUGUCUUUUAAAGGAAAAAUGCGAUUAGUACAUGAGCAUUCGGUUGAUGAAGAUCGUACAGGAGGAUUCAGUCGUCAGGAGCAAGACACUGGAACACGGUCAGAAUUCGAUUACGAUUUAGAUGUAGACAAGUUUAAGUUACUCGCAGCCCGACUGAAUAAUGCGAGCAAACAACUGUCUAAGAUUCAUCCAGAGAUGAUAAAAAAGCAGACUAGGCAAAAUAGUAGUCAGAACUACACAAGCAAGCGACUCGGGAGGUACCAGGAAACUUAUCAAUCAGAAAUAAGGGAAGCGGAAGAUGCUAGUAUGGCCAUUACAAAUCUUAUACACCGUGAUGCACCUGAAACUGGAAAACUGCAAAGAGGCCAAGCUUUCUUUAGAUCUGAAAUAAAAAAAGAAAAGAAACCUAAACCCUCACAGUCCUUGUUGAUUAAGCAGCGACCCAUUACGCCUACACUUCAUAAUGGAAGUAUCUAUAAACAAACUUUUCGAGAACGGAUCAGUCAGGAAAUACAUGUUUUUACCAAACAUAUUAAUUAAGUCAUUAAGAUCAAAGGUAAGCAUGCAUUUUCAACUCGAUUGGCUUUGUGAAAACGUCAAUUUUCGGCACAUUUUAUGUUCAGCACCACACAGCGAUAACUAUUAUUCCUAACUUCUUGUCUGAUUCCUAAAUUCUUGUCAGGGUGCUUUUUAAAAUUUUGGUUUAAGGUUUAAACAAGAAUAACAUGCCCGGUCCUUAUAAAACGCAUGCAUGCCGCAUUCUUAUAACAUGCGUAUAUUUCUAGUUCCGCCCGCACCAUUAACUGUGUUUGCCUUGUUUUCAUUUCCUGAUGAGAACGUACGAAUUUGAUCCAAAUCAGAUGUAGCUUUGUAAAAUAAUUAACAACAUUUUAAUAUUUAAGCUGAACACAAAACAAACAAUGCACGCAUUUGUGUACUUUAAAACGUAAGCAUCUUCCACUUGUUAAAAUCGCACUUGUAAACAAAAUUCAUGUUAUAUUGUUCUGAUAUGUUUAUUAAACUAAAUUUGACGUCAAGAAUAUGUGUAAACAUUCAAGUCGUACCCAUAGAAGCCAAAAAGAAAGAGCACCAUACACUUUUUAGAUUCAACUGAAUUAACCUUUGCAAUAGGCUCGAACGACAUCUCAACAUACAAAUCUUUAAUAAUAUGAUAUUAGAAACAGAGGCACUGUUUUUAUUCUGUAUAGACUGAGUUAGCUAUUUUAGAGAUCGUUUAACUUCUGUCUGUUUUACCACAGGGUCGUUUCAAUUGUAUUCCUUUAAUUAAUGUACAUUCUCUUUCCAUAAUAAUGUUUUAAACAUUGUUGUGGUCAGUGUAUGUUUGCCGUCUGGCGCUCUGCAUCGCAUGUCGUUUUAUAUCGUUAUCACUCAAGACGCCAUAAUUUUCGGUUUGAUUUAACAUGGCAAUAGUGUUAUUUUUGACAGUGUCUACGUCGGGUUCCAAUUAUGGUCACCAGGUCAAAUUAAUACAUAUUUCUUCUACUAACACACACACAAAUAGAAAAUAUCGAUAAUGUAAAGAAGGUAUUGUUUCACAAUUUGUAAGUGCUACCGUAAUCGAUAGUUGUUUU